AUGCAACACCAGCAUGUCGACCCGUCCAUGGUGAAGCUGACGCGAGGGACAAGUUGCGUGCUUUGCCAGCAGCGCAAGGUGCGUUGCGACAAAACUAAGCCUUGCGCCAACUGUGUCAAAGCUGGCGUCGAGUGCAAAGUCGUUCCCUCGCAGCCUCCCAAGCGACGCAAGAAGCGCCUCCAGGAGAAGGAUCUUGUCGAACGCUUGAAAAAGUACGAAGCCUUGUUGGCCGAGAAUGGGGUCAAAUUUGAUGCCAUAGGCCACGAUUUGAGGACGGACGGUCCCCAUACUGAGGAGGUGGAGGAUCUGCAAACCGAUUUCGAGGCACUGAAAACCUCUCCCGAGGCGAGCAUGUCGCCGUCUGCGUCUUCACAAAAGCUGGAAAAACACGGGAGCUCAAUCUUCUCCCUCCAUAGAGAAUUUCGCGCAAGCGAGCAGCUGCUCCACGAUUCUUCCGAGGAUGAUGAAGAAGAGUCCACCAUACAUCGCGCCUUUGAUAUAAUGUUCUCCAAUGGCGACGGCUUCCCCUUUGUCUUUUCCGGCCGCCAGCACUCUACCGCCCACUGUCAUCCAUCCCCCAUUCACAUCUUCCAACUCUGGCAAAUCUACAUUGACAAUGUCAACUCGCUCUUAAAAAUCACCCACGUGCCUAGCAUACAGGGGCAGAUUAUCCAAGCGUCUUCCAACUUGGAAAAUGCGCCGAAAAACAUUGAAGCCCUCAUGUUUGGUAUAUAUGCUAUCGCGCUGCAAUCCAUGGAAGACGAAGACGUCGAGAAGAUGCUGAAGCAGUCAAAGAAAGACGCGUCGGAGCAGUUUUUUACCAGCUUGCAGCAGGCGUUGCUGAAUGCGGGUUUUAUGAGAACCAACGACUUUAUCUCUCUUCAGGCAUAUGUACUGUAUCUGUUUGCCGUCAGACGGUCAAUGGACCCCCGUCAAGUCUUCUGUCUCAUUGGCAUAGCUGUCCGCAUAGCUCAACGUAUGGGCCUCCACCGCGACCCAGCAGGCUACGGCCUCCCGCCCUUUGAAGUCGAGCAGCGCCGUCGCCUCUGGUGGACAAUCGUCAGCUACGAUCGUCGCAUUGGCGAAAUGACGGGCUCGACCGUCACGGCCCUCUCCAGCGGUGGCGACUGCCGACUGCCCCUCAACGUCAACGACUCGGACCUCCACGUAGACGGCAAAGAGCUUCCUACCCCCCACACGGGCCCAACAGAGAUGCUCUUCGCCCUGACACGGCUUGAAAUCGCAAUGGCAGUGGCUAGCAAUAGCGACCGCGACAGUGCAAAAGUCAACCCCGACAAACCCAGCCCGUCACAAUUGCCCUCGGCGAGCGGAAGGCAAUCCCCUGUGCCGACGAUCCGCAUCGCCGGUCAGGAUUCUCCCGCCUAUACCCUCGAUGGCUUCUGCGCUCACAUGGAAGGUACAUAUCUGCAGUAUUGCGAUCCCAAGAUCCCUCUGCACUUCUUCACAAUCACCAUGACAAGACAGACGCUCUCCAAGAUGCGCGUAAUCAACUACCUCAUGCGCAUGUAUGCCGCCGAACAUCCGCUCAAGGAAAUGGAGCGCGACAGCCUCUUCCUCCUCUCCGUGCAAAUGGUGGAAUACGACAACGUCGUCCACUCUUCCGAGUCCCUCAAGCCAUUCAAAUGGUUCACAACGCACCACUUCCCCUUUCCGGCCUACAUGUUCCUCGUGCAGGAGCUCCGCCAGCGAUGCUACGGCCCCAUGGUGGAGCGCGCAUGGGAUGCAAUCGCGUCAAACCACAAGCUCCGCGGCAUGAUUCACAACAUGCACAGCCCCAUGCACGCCGCCUUUGGACGACACUUUAUCAAGGCGUGGGACGCGCACGUCGAGGCCUGCCUUGCCAAUGGCAAGGAACCCCCACUCACUCCGCCCUUCGUCGCGGUGCUACGCGAGCGCAACGACAUGAAGCGCAGGGAUAAGAGCCAGACUCUUUCUCUUUCCCAACCCCAGGGGUCCCAGCUGCAAGACGACGAGGCGUCUCCCGGCACGAGCGACACGAACGUGAUGCUGACGCCGCCGUCGAUGGGGCAGCCUCUGGGGAGCAGCGCAGCAAGUAGUAUCAGACUGGACGGGACUCCCAUACAGGAUACGUCCGAAAUGGACUGGAGCUAUUUCAUCUCGAACUACGACCCCUCGCUGGGGCUGGGCUCUCCGUUCCCUGGGUUUCAGGGCUUCGGACCAUAUGGACCAGCCCCGGGGGCAUCGGGCCCUGGACUACAUAGGAUGGGGGGCGGCAUGGGACCAGGAGCUGGUGGCAUGUACUGA